UGUUUGCCCCACUGGUUUGACCCCCUCCGCGCGGGGUUACCAUGGCCACCGUGCUGCAGGGUCAGAAGCAGCUCCUGGAGAAGUUGUGGAAAGGCGCGUGCAGAGCCGUAACCACGCCCAGGCCUGAGAGCGUCAUCAUCGCGAGCAUCGCCGCGCGCCGAGCACACAGCAGCGCGUUGGUGCCAAAGAGCAGUGUGGCCCCGCUACUGCCAGCAGAACCGGAACCAGAACCAGCACCGCAACUGAAGGCCACGGAAAGGAAGCGGCGCACCAAACGCAGCAGCACACGGAAACAUCACAGCCGCCAUCGGUCUCGCAGUGUGUCUUUUGAUGCUGAUUUUUCUACCCGGCCAGCACCCAAAGGGAAGAAAAAGAAGAAGAAAGAGAGGAAGAGGAGAAGAGAAAGGUCCCCCUCCUUCAGUCCGUCACCCGUGAGGAAGAAGAAGAAGAAGAAGAAGAGCUCGAAGAAAAGGAAGCAACACAGGUCUGCUUCCAAGAAGAGAAGACACAGAUCCUGUCUGGCACUGCGAGACUACGUCACAACAAGAUAUUACAUGAUGAAUACACUGCCUGACGCCUGA